AUGGCUACAGAAGAACGAUGGUCACAGCUAUUCGAUAUGAUUAGACGCAAAAGAACAGCAGAAUUUGAAGCACUGCUCGAGAAUCGUGACUUCGAUCUCAAUCUUCAGAAUAAUGAAGGCGUCUCUCUAAUACACGAGGCUGUACGCUGUCGCUCCGAAGCGAUUGUGAAGAUGUUGUCGGAGAAGGAGGAUGUCAAUGUCAAUAUCCGCAACAAGAAAGGUCGGACUCCACUAUGGGAGGCCGCUUUCUUGGGCUUCAAGGCUGCCGUCGAGAUACUACUGAACAACGUUAGAGUGGACCCAGAGGCAAGAGAUGAAAACGAUCAAACACCGCUGUCUGCUGCCGCAAUGCAGCGAGGUGGCAAUUUAAGAUCCGCUGCCGCGACGGCGCAGGAGAACGUUGUGGAAGCGCUGCUUGCCAGUGGAAGGGUCGAUCCUGACGCGCAAGAUGCACGUGGUCUUACACCUUUAGCUUGGGCUUCGCGAGCCGAAAAGUCGGUCAGGGUUGCCGAGAUACUACUCAGCACUGGCAGGGUGGAUGCGAAUUCAAAAGAUGAGCUCGGUAUAACACCGCUAAUGUGGACUGCACCAUUCCACAACGACAAAGUAAAGGAACUGCUGCUCAACAGUGGUGGGCUUGACGAAGGCCUGAAACCCAACACCGGCUCUACCAAAAUCAUCAAGAAGACUAUAAACUCUCGGUAUAUUACUCAUUGGAUGACGUCCUGUGACGAUCACCACGGAGAAAAAUGUAAGCCAGCACCACUUGAGGACAGAUCGCCUCAACAAUUGCCACAUUGGGUUAUCGACAUUAGUCGGGCGUGUUUGGUAGCUGGUAAUACCGUAUCCCGGUACGUUGCCUUGAGCUACGUAUGGUCACAAGGCUUAUACAACGACUUCAAUGACAAGCGUCCACCUGACUCUAUUUUACUAAAGAAGCUCAACUUAUCGGACUUCCGAAAACCUGGAUAUCUAAAAGAAGUGUCGGUGCAACUCCCCACCGCUGUCAAAGACGCCAUAGCGCUGGUUCGCAAGCUUGGGGGGACUUACCUGUGGGUCGACUGUUUAUGCAUCGUCCAGGACGAUGAAAAGACACGUGAGCAGGUCAAUCACAUGGGUGAUAUAUACUCUGGUGCGUAUCUCACUAUCAUAGCGGCAACUCCCAUGGUCCCUAUUACAAUGGAUGUGGACUGGACGAAAAGGUAG